GGAGGAGGGCGCUGUGACGUGUACGGUAGAAGACGUCCUCUUCACUAUACAGCGUACUGUUGUGUAUGAGGACGAAGGAUUCAGCUGAUUUUGCGGAUUAAUACGUUUAUUUUUCGCAUCACGCCAGCCAAACGGCUGCAGAAAAAUCAUUCUGUAUGAGGCAGAGGCGUAUGCGCCUUUUUGGGGUAUCAAAAGGUUCCCAUUCACCGUGGAUAUUUACUCUGGGACCAUUGGACUUACGAGGAAUGAAUGGAGGUGUCUAGUCAGUUCCAGACGGAGGUCAUACUGAAAACAUUAUGGCUGCUCAGCUGGUUGAAUGUGUCCCCAACUUCUCAGAAGGCAAAAAUCAAGAGAUUAUUAACGCCAUAUCGGCAGCCAUUAGCAACACACCCGGGUGUACCCUGCUGGAUGUCGAUCCCGGAACCUCCACUAACCGGACCGUAUACACGUUUGUGGGUCCUCCUGAUUCUGUUGUGGAAGGAGCGCUGAAUGCUGCUCAAAAGGCAUUCAGCCUUAUUGACAUGAGCCACCACUCAGGUGAGCAUCCUCGUAUGGGAGCACUGGAUGUCUGUCCUUUCAUCCCUGUGCAGAACGUCACAAUGGAGGACUGCAUCCGCUGUGCCAACAUCUUCGGACAAAAACUGGCAGAUCUGCUAAAUGUGCCAGUCUUCCUUUAUGGUGAAGCAGCACGCUGCGAUGCACGUAGGAGUCUUCCAUCUGUGAGAGCUGGCGAGUAUGAAGCUUUAGCUGAUAAACUCAAAAAGAAGGAGUGGGCUCCAGACUUUGGCCCCGCUACAUUUGUCGCAUCAUGGGGUGCCACGGUGACGGGUGCACGAAAGUUUCUCAUCGCAUACAAUGUAAACCUCAUUGGGACCAAGGAGCAGGCGCAUCGCAUAGCGCUGGAUAUAAGGGAGCAAGGCAGAGGAAAAGACCAGCCAGGAAUAUUGAAAAAGGUUCAAGCCAUCGGUUGGUACUUGGACGAGGCCAACAUAGCUCAGGUGUCAACCAACAUCUUGGAUUACGAGCAAACGCCCCUCCACUGUGUCUACGAGGAGAUCUGCAAGGAUGCGGAGGAUCUGAAGCUGCCUAUCGUCGGCUCUCAGAUUGUUGGUUUGAUACCUCUAAAAGCUCUUCUGGAUGCUGCAGACUUCUACAUUGCCAGGGAACAACUCUUCAUUGUGGAAGAGGAACAUAAAGUCAGACUGGUGAUCAGCAAGUUGGGCCUUGACUCACUGGGUCCAUUCAAACCAAAGGAGCGGAUAAUUGAAUACAUGGUGGGGUCGAACGAUGAGGGCCCCCUGGUAUGUCUUUCUCUGCAGCAGUUCAUUCGCAGUGUGGGUGCUCGGACAGCUGCUCCUGGUGGAGGCUCAGUCUCUGCCGCCGUGGCUGCUCUGGGAGCAGCACUGGGUGCCAUGGUGGGCCAAAUGACUUAUGGCAAGAGGCAGUUUGAAGCUGUAGACGGUGUGAUGAGGAAACUGAUUCCACCUUUUUAUCAUGCCAUGAACGAACUGCUGGACAUGGUGGACAGAGACUCAUCUGCCUUCAACAGCUAUAUGGCCGCGCUGAAGAUGCCCAAAAAUUCUAAAGAAGAAGUAAAAAGUCGUGAGGUGGCCUUGCAAGGAGGGCUGAAACAAGCAGUGAGUGUCCCACUGGCUCUGGCCGAGAAGGUCAGCACCCUCUGGCCACCACUUAAAGAACUCGUCUUAUACGGGAACAUCGGCUGCAAAUCAGAUGUUCAGGUUGCAGUCAAAGCAUUGGAAACAGCUGUUUUUGGGGCCUACUACAAUGUCAUUAUCAACCUUAAAGACAUCACAGAUGACAAUUUCAAGAAGACGACUCAGUCCAGAGCAUCGGCAUUGUUAGAGGAGGCAAAGAACUGCGCUGCCACCAUCCUUGAAGUUGCAGACAAGCGAACCUGAGUGUUUUUUUUUUUUUUUUAAAUGAAAUUUUCCCCAAAUCCAAUAAAACCUAACGACGGACGAUAGUGGCUUAAAUGUUUGACCACAAGUCAUUAAAAGGUCUUUUCUUUGGGUCAGUUCAUCUAAGAGCCAUUACCUCAUUCACUUUUGACGUUCGUCUUUUUGUCAAGGAUGUUCAAGGCCGAAGGAGCAGCUAAUGGCGCCAUGUGUUCCAUUAGAGGCAAACGGAUUUUCAGUGAAAUGAACAAAAAGAACAUAAAAAAACAUUCUAAAUGGUACACGUGCUCUUAUAGAACAUGUAAUGGUAUUGAAGAAAAAAACUUUUUUCACACAACUGAUUAGGAGCUAUAGAGUGCAUUUAGGUUUGCUUCUUUCAACAGGUGACAAUAA